CUGAGCUUCUGGAUAUGGUCCCCCGAUUUCAUUAGAGGCUUGAGUGAACACUCAGAAAGUGCUUUUAUUUUUGUUGCAUUCACCUGCUGGCAUCGUCUGGUCCUCGGCCAUUGGCAUUGACAUUGUCCUGCUGCUGCAGUGGUGCGACGAUGGCAGAAGCUGGCAAGAUGGAGUUCCCAUGGCAUCUGGGAGUAUUCGAUGCACAUUGCCACCCAACAGACACUCUUUCAAGUCUUCAGAGUAUUCCUGGGAUGCGUGCAAAUGUGCUCACAGUCAUGGCCACCCGUGCACAAGACCAAGACCUGGUGGCAAACGCCGCAGAUGAUUUCGGAGUGACAGAAAGCGAAGCAGACCGAGAAGAGACGGACUGGAGUGAGCUACACAAGAUCAUUCCAGCAUUCGGGUGGCACCCAUGGUUCUCUCACCAGAUGUUUGACGAGGCAGAAUAUGAUAAUGCCUCGUCUCUCAGCUCUGAGCAGAGGAUCGCACACUAUCAAAGCGUGCUCACGCCAAAGUCAGAAGAUCAAGAAUUCCUGCGAUCUCUUCCGGAUCCUCGACCUUUUGGCGAAUUUCUGGCCCAGAUGCGGGAGUACUUGCAGAAGUAUCCUCUCGCACUUGUGGGAGAAGUCGGAUUGGAUCGUGCAUUCCGUAUACCAGAGUCAUGGCUGCCAAGUCAACAAGAUGGCCGAAAUGAGAGCUUGACACCAGGAGGCAGAGAAGGGCGGAAGCUCAGCCCAUACAGAGUCAGCAUGGAGCAUCAGAAGAAAGUGCUUCUUGCUCAGCUUGCCUUGGCUGGAGAGUUACAUCGUGCUGUCUCAUGUCAUGGCGUGCAAGCUCAUGGCGUAGUAUACGAAACGCUGGCGCAGACCUGGAAAGGUCAUGAGAGAAAAGUCUUGUCCAAGCGCGAGCAGAAGAAAUUGGAGGCUGCAAGAAAGGCAAACGCAGAGCCUGAAGAAGAUGAGGAGCCAGACGAGGAGUCGGGACCAAAACCGUAUCCUCCUCGUAUUUGUCUGCACUCUUUCUCUGGACCUGCCGACACUGUCAAGCAGUACAUUGCCCCAUCAGUGCCUUGCGACAUCUUCUUCAGCUUCAGCACCACAAUCAAUGCUUGGUCUGAGGAUGGGCAAGGUAAAGUUGAAGCUUCUGUCAAGGCGGUCCCGGACAACCGUAUCCUCAUUGAAAGCGAUCUGCACACCGCCGGCGAGCGCAUGGAUCAGUACCUCGAAGAAGGUGUCAAGAAGAUCUGCCAGGUCAAAGGAUGGGAGCUCGAGGACGGUGUGAGAACGCUUGCGCGGAACUGGAAGCGGUUUGCCCUGGGGAGACAUGCCUGAAGGAGCCCUCGGCGGUGGGUUGCUGCCAUCGACAAAGACUGACUGGAUCUAUGCACUGCUGUCAGCACUCCAACCUCAAUGCGCCCCAUAGUGCAGAUGCAUGCUCAUGUCUCAUCACCUCCCCGACCCUAUUACCCUGCCCUGAGUCCAUCACCACAUUGAUCUCGAUCCAUCUUCGACUGUG